UCGCAUAGUGCGCAAAGCAGGCUAUUUAGUUAUAAGUAAUAGAAACGUUAAAAAUUGUGCGACUAUAUUUUUCACUGAAUAGAGCCUAAAUAGUUGUUCAUAAUUGCAAAAUUCAUUGCAGUAUUAAGUUCUAAGGUACACAGACACAGACAGCUUUAAGAAUGGCCCUCAGCUUAGGAUCGCUGAAGUUAAACAAAUGGCAAGUGGCGCUCAUACUCGGCACGCCCUUGGCCAUUGGACUGGGCAUGUAUGUUUUGAAUAAAACGAGCGAUGGGAAGUCCGGCACGACCGAUGAGCACACGCGCUCUAAGUCCAAGAAAAAGGGCAUCGACGGUGGAGACAGCAAGUCACGCAGCAAACUGGGUCUGGAGAAGCAAGCGCUCUCGAUUGAUGGCACAGCACCCGACAAGGAGCUGGAGCGGAAGAAGAAAUCCGCCGAGUUAGGCGAAAAGCUGUCGCCACUUAAGGAGGCCAACAACUACAAGAACGAGGGCAACACCUGCUAUCGAAACGGCAAAUACGAUGAAGCCAUCAGCUUUUACGACAAAGCCAUCGAUAAAUGCCCGGCCGAGCACCGCGCGGACAUGGCUAUUUUCUAUCAGAACCGCGCCGCCUCUUACGAGAUGCUGAAGAAGUGGAACAAGGUGAAAGAGGAUUGCUCACGCUCCCUGGAAUACAAUCCGCGUUAUGCCAAGGCCUACUAUCGACGAGCACGUGCUUACGAAGCGACAAAAAAUAUGGUCGAUUGCUUGGAUGAUGUAACGGCCACCUGUAUACUGGAAAUGUUCCAGAACAACAACACAAUCAUGUUCGCUGAUCGCGUGCUUAAAGAGACCGGACGUAUGGAUGCCGAGAAGGGCAUGCAAGAGCGCGUGCCUGUCGUACCAUCUGCGACUUUCAUUACGACCUAUAUGCGUUCCUUUAUUGCCGAUCCGCUGCAGACGAUGAAUGUGCCGCCAUCGGCAGUAGCGGAUACGCCACCGCGUGGUUUCCUACGCGCUCGUCGCGCCUUCGAAGAACAGCAAUUCGACGAGAUUAUACCAGCCUGCACCGAGGAAAUCGAAUCCUCCGAGGCGGAGGCACAGUACAAGGUGGAGGCUUUAUUGAUGCGCGGUACCUUCCACUUGCUCUGUGGCUCCUACAAUGAUAGCAAAAAUGACUUCGAUGCCAUCAUCAACAAUGACUAUGCAGAUCCCACAUUGCGCGCAUACGCCUACAUGAAACGUGCAUCCCUAUUCAUCCAGCUGGAUCAGCGCGAAAAGGGUUUGAAUGAUUUUGAUGAGGCCCAAAAGCUGAAGCCGGACAAUCCAGAUGUUUAUCAUCAGCGUGCGCAAAUCCUGCUGCUGUUGGAACAGAUCGAGCCGGCGCUGGAAGAGUUCGACAAGGCUGUGAAAAUUGCGCCGGAACACGCGAUUGCAUUUGUCCAGAGAAGCUAUGCGGAGUACCGUCUAUCGCUGCUGGCCGGUGAUCAGAUCCGUCUCGAUAACGUGAUGCAAGAGUUUCAGAAGGCUAUCGACAAGUUCCCCACUUGCGUUGAGUGCUACAGUCUGAUGGCCCAGGUGCUGGUCGAUCAGCAGAAAUUCGAGCAGGCACAGCAUUUUUAUGAGAAGGCCAUGAAACUGGCUCCCACCAAUCCGGCGUUACUCGUCCAUCAGGCCAUCAUGAUGCUACAAUGGCGUGGAGAUAUCGACACAGCUGUGGACCUCUUGACUCGUGCCAUCGAGGUCGACCCCAAAUGCGAACUGGCCUACGAAACGCUUGGCACUGUGGAGGUGCAACGCGCUCAAUUGAAACGUGCCGUCGAGCUGUUUGAAAAGGCACUCCUCUAUUGCAAGAGCCAGGCGGAGUUGGUACAUGUUUAUUCGCUGCGCAAUGCUGCUGUCGCGCAAAUCAAUGUGACGCGCAAAUUGGGCAUCGAUAUGAAUUCGGUAUCAGCGAUGGCUCAGUCCGGUUUUCUUGCGCAAGCCGGCAUGUAAAACAGUUCCGAUAUCCAAUAUCAUCUCAUCCUCACUCCAGACAGAAAAAAUGCUGAUUAGCCAAUUAACUUUUAUAACCAUCAUCCCAAUCCCAAUUUUCCCUUUGUUAUGCAUACAAGGCUUUGUAUUAGUUUAUGCUUAGGUUAAACGAAGAAAGUCAAGCGUUUCGAUAUAACUUGUUGAAAUACCAGAAAUACCAAUCAUACACAUCAUAUAUUUGUAAAAUAGACAGUGCAGUGUUUGAAACGAUUCUGAUUCUAUUUAAAUAAUUAUAAUACCAUACCAAGCAUACGAAUGUAAAUGUUAUAUACAUAUUAUUUGUGUAUGUAUGUACGUAAACCUAGAUAAUGUUACUAUAAAAUUAAAAGUACGUAAUAAAUUAUGUAUAUAAGUUUAA